CUUUCCCUUCCUUGAAUUGUUCCUUUCACCCUCUCUCUACUCUCUACUGCAGUCAGACCACUCACCAUUUCUCCCACCACACCUCACUCUCUCUCUCUCUCUCUCUCUCUCUUCUAUAUAUCUCUCUGACUCUGGGUCUGGGGUCUUGGAACUCUUGGGUUUCUUCACAUUCUGAACCCACUUUGUUUGCUUCAUCAUUUAGGAUUUUAUCAUUUGCUAAUGCCUGAACUGAGCUGAGCUGAUCUUCUUUUAAGUUCAGACCCAUGAUCUCACUUCAUGGAGAGGCAUGAAAUGAAGCCAUGAACUCAAGCUCAUCACCAACCCUCUCCCGCUUAGUCCUCACCUGCACCGCCGCUCCUCUCCUCUUCCUCCUCCUCCUCCUCUGCCUGCUCCUCCUCCCUCCUCCCUCGUUCCCUCGCCAGGGGCUGUCGUUCGAGGAGAAGACGCGGCUCGGGUCGACCCCGCCGAGCUGCCACAACAAGUGCAACGGGUGCCACCCCUGCAUGGCGGUCCAAGUGCCGAGCCUGCCCGCGGCGGCAGGCCGCGAGAAGAUGAAGAGAGAGGAGGCAAGCCGGCCGGCCGAGUUCGUCGACCCGUCCCCCGCAUCCCCAGGUAGGUACUCCAAUUACAAGCCCCUGGGCUGGAAAUGCCGGUGCCGCAACCGCUUGUUCAACCCCUAGUAGCCGUACACACCGUCGCUUGCUUACUCAUUACAUUUCAUGGGGUCUCCGAGAUUUAUCAACUCAACAUGAACAAGCAUUGCCAAAUUAUCGCCGGCUAAUGCUGCUGCUUGUUCUUCCAAGAAAUCCCACUUCGAGUUGUGCUGCGAGAGAGAUCUCGGAACCCUGUUCGGAUGCAUGCGAUUCCAACCUCUCUGUUUGUCUUUGGGAUGAGGAUUUAGUAUGAGAUUAUACUUAAGAGAGAGAGAGCGUUUAUGUGCGUGUGUUUUAGUUAAAUGUGUACAAUCGUUGAAAAUUAUGUACAAAUGUACAGAAACUCUUGUGGACAGACCUUUUUGCAGUACGACAUUGCAAUGAAUUUUUUUUUUUUUUUUU